GAGCGGUAGUCUGGGAGGCGGCGGACUGACGUCAAUCACGUCGCCAGAGAAGGUGAUUCCUUACUGAAGUGCAGAAGACCAAGCACAUACUAUUGCAGCACUCUGUCGUUGAGAUACAUUUUGACUGGUGUAUUUACCUAUAUUUCAACUAUUUACAAUGGACGCGAACACUUGCAACAUUCAGGUUCUUCUGCAAGCUGCUGAAUUCUUGGAGAGAAGAGAACGAGAGGCAGAGCAUGGCUAUGCAUCAGUGUUGCCCUUCUACAGUCCAGGGGACUCUGAUAAGAAGCGGAAGCAGAAGAACAAGAAGCUGCAGGCUGCCGGUAGCAACAGGACAGUCCAUAAUGAGUUGGAGAAGCACAGACGUGCUCAGUUGAGACACCACCUGGAACAGUUGAAGCAGCAGGUUCCUCAGUUGUCUGACUCCAUGAGAAACACCACCCUGAACCUGCUGAGACGGGCUGAGACACACAUCAAGAAGCUGCAGGAGCAGGAUGAACGUGCAGAGCAGUUAAAGGGUCGUCUGCGUUGGGAGCAGAGUGAGCUGAGGGUGAGGCUGGAGCAGCUACAGGGCCCUGGGGGUCUGACUGGUCUGGGGGGUCUGACUGGUUUGGGCCUGGGGGGUCUCACUGCUCUGGGAGGAACAGGAGUGGUCUCAGAGAGGAUGAGGAACGACAGCCUGGGAUCAGCAGCCAUGUCCUCUUCGGAGAGAUCUGACUCUGACAGAGAAGACGUGGAGGUUGAUGUGGAGAGUAUAGUGUUUGACUGUCUGGACUCUGAUGGACUGCGGACGGUCCCUCACACAGGCACCGAUCACUGUUACUCCAGCGGCUCCGCCUGGGCCGGGCUAUGACCUACCUACCGCUGUAUACUACACACACACACCUCUGGAGCGACACACCGGCGUCUUACGUCAGAUAGUGCGACGAUCGCCACCUGCACCGUCGGAUUUUAAAGGGACGAGCGUCGUGUUGGAGUGACGC